AUGUCUACCCCGGUAUGGAACGCUCUAGUCCGAACCCACCACAUCACGUCCCGCAAGAAAGUCACCAAACUGCGCGCUGCGGCUUCGAAUUACGCUGUCUUUGUGCUUCUUCGCAGCGGCGGCUGUCCUGGAAUCAUGUACUGCGAAGGUCAUGAAUCUGGAGUAAAGGAUUGGGUCAGCAUUGUGCAGGGCCUCCGAUACAAGGACUUUCAGCUGGUGCAGAAGGUGGCUCCAUUGCACAUAGACGGGCGUGAUAAAGGAGUCAAAGAACAACAGACUGAAUACGGUAAGCUGCAAGAAGUCGGCAGCGUAAAGGAGUUCGGGGCACGGAUGGAAGAAUUGGGCGUCUGGGAAUGGUGGAGGAAAGGCAUGGGGUAUGUCCAUCAGGACUGA